UUGUGGCAGCGAAAUAUCCGUUCCAAACGUUUUUGCGCAUAUCUAACGCUAACCGAUGAUGAUGAUGAUGAUGAUGAGGAGGAGGAGGAGGAGGAGGAAGAGGAGGAUGGUGGUUAG